UAGCCAGCUAACUUCACUUACAACGAUUAUUAUCCUUUUUUUAAAAUAGAAAUCCAUUAAUAUUUUAAGAUGCAUUAGGGAUUUAGUUACUUUGUUCAAAUAUACAAAGAAACAGCAAAUUAUUGGUCCUUCAACACUUUGCUCGCUAGUGACGAUUUGUGUAAGUUAGCUAGCUAACUUAGCUGCUAGCUAGCGAACGUUGAGUAGAUCAUCAUAUAGCUCAAUGCAAUAAUGUAACAACGUGUUUGUCACAGGUCUUUAAAUAGAAGUUAACAUACAAUGGAGAAGGAGCAGCGCAGCAGUGUUGUUUUUAACGCAUCCAAGAGAGAACUGUUCACUGCCAACAAUGGUUACAAGUCCCUGCAGAAGAGACUCAGGGCACAAUGGAAGAUUCAGAGCAUGAAAGAGGAGCUCUCCUUGGAGAAGUUGAAUGGUGUGAAGUUGUGGAUUACUGCUGGCCCCAGGGAAAAGUUCACUGCAGCUGAGUUGGAGGUCCUGAAGCAGUACCUGGAUGGGGGAGGAGAUGUCCUUGUGAUGCUGGGUGAAGGAGGGGAGAUGAAGUAUGACACCAAUAUCAACUUCCUUCUUGAGGAGUUUGGGAUAAUGGUCAACAAUGAUGCUGUCGUGAGGAAUGUAUACUACAAGUAUUUCCAUCCAAAAGAAGCACUUGUGUCCAAUGGUGUUCUGAACAGAGAGAUCAGUCGGGCUGCAGGCAAAGUGGUGACAGGGAUCAUCGAAGAUGAAAGUGUCGGCAACAAUGCACAGGCCCUCACAUUUGUGUACCCGUAUGGAGCGACACUGAGCGUGAUGAAGCCUGCUGUGGCUGUUCUCUCCACUGGGUCCGUCUGCUUCCCCCUCAACAGGCCUGUCCUCGCCUUCUAUCAGGUCAAGGAGGCAGGCAAACUGGCAGUGAUGGGGUCCUGUCACAUGUUCAGUGACCAGUACCUGGACAAAGAGGAGAACAGUAAAAUAAUGGAUGUCGUUUUCCAGUGGCUCAUGGGUGAUAACAUUAUUCUGAACCAGAUAGAUGCAGAGGACCCCGAGAUCACAGAUUACACCAUGCUGCCAGACACAGGCUGCCUGUCUGAGCGACUGCGAGUAUGCUUGCAAGAGGGAGAGGAAAAUCCAAGAGACUUUACCUCCCUGUUUGACAUGUCUCUACUUAAACUAUCAACAAACACGUUGCCCCAAGUCAUCAGUUCCUACAAGCAGAUGAAUGUCAAACACGAGCCUCUCCAGCUGAUCACACCUCAGUUUGAGACUCCCCUUCCACAGCUGGAGCCUGCUGUCUUCCCGCCUGCCUUCAGGGAUCUGCCUCCCCCCAUGCUUGACCUCUUUGACCUGGAUGAAACCUUUUCUUCUGAGAAGGUGCGUUUGGCACAGCUCUCCAACAAAUGCACAGACGAUGAUCUAGAGUUCUACGUGAGGAAGUGUGGGGACAUCUUGGGGGUGACGGGGAAGUUGGAUAAAGAUCAGAGAGAUGCCAAACACAUCCUGGAGCACAUCUUCUUCCAGGUCGUGGAGUUCAAGAAGCUCAAUCAGGAACAUGAUCUUGACACAGAGACCAGGUUUUCCCCGUUCUGAGGAAUUGCAACCAAUGAGGUUGCAAUUUGAUGUAUUUUUCAUGGGCUUGUAUAUACCUACAUUCAAUCUAGAUGUAUCCAUAUCAUUUUCCCAGUAACUACAAGAAUGUAACUCCCCAGCCUUUAAACAGAAUGUAUAUAGUUGAUUAGAUUAAUGUACUAAAUCUGACAAGUGAAAUUAAUAUUGUAUACGGCUUUCCAUAUCUGAUUGAUUACUUGUGGUAAAGGAUGACACAUUUAGGCAUUUACUGUGUAAAGUGUUCCAUCAUUUCCUCAAUGCGUGGUUGAUUUAAUCAAUCAAAAAAAAAAUGUAUUUACUAUAAUAGAUUGUAAAAUAUACAUUUUCUUCAGACUGGCAUCUUCUUGUGUCCCUUUGUCUGUAAAAGUGAAAUUAGAGAACAUGUCAAUAUACCAGCCAUUAAACAACCACUGGAGUCUUAGUUGCCCAGCCAUAAAACAAAUAUAUACACUUUUAAUUAGGAAAUAGCAUGCCAAAGUGUGGUCCACUUUCACCAAAAUGACUUUUUGCUGGCCAAGACACAGCAGCAGUUACUGAGCCUGAGAACCUUACCUCAAUUGUUCAGUAUAGCACUGUCACAUGACCACUUUGGCUUGUUCAGUCUUACCAACACUGGCUAGCUACUCGUCCAUGUUUUUGGGUCAAUUAUUGAACGGUUGCCCAAUUAUGCAACUUGUAUUUAAUCUGCUAGUUGAUGAGCAACUUCACCAACAAGGCAACUGCCAACAGCAAUGAUGGGAGGGGGCAGUGGCGUGUAUUCAUGGACCCAAGGGAAGUCAGGCUUCCCCCAAAAAAUUCACCAAUAAAAAAAUGAUGUAU